AUGUCGAAGCAACCACCUGGACCGACCCUGAUUCAAGUCCCCAACCUAUUCUCGAUAGUCGAACCUGGUGUUUACAGAUGUGCGAGUCCGACUGCAGCUCAGAUACCGUUUUUAUCAUCUCUGAAUCUUCGAACGAUAGUGUCUCUCACACCUGAACAUCCUAUCAAACCGUUAUUGACGUUUAUGAGAACAUCCGGUAUAGACUUUAUCCAUCUAGGAUUGACAUUAUGGCGACCUCCUGGAACAGAAUGGAAACCCGUACGAGAUGAAGUUAUCAAGGUUACGUUAGAGAAAUAUAUACUAGAUACUCGUGCGCAUUCCAUACUGCUUAUUGAUCCUAUCGGAGUACAUCAGACAGGAUGUGUGGUUGGUGCGUUGAGGGUGAUGCAGGGAUGGAACUUCGCUUCUACGCUUGUCGAGUACCGGGCUCAUGCGGGUAGUAAACAUAGAUAUGCGGAUGAGCAGUAUAUAGAGCUAUUUGACCCAGACCUGGUGAACCUUCCACCCCCUCAAUAUAGGCCAUUAUGGUGGAUACCUUCCUCAACAAUAGACGAUGAAUCAUCAGCAGAAGAAGGAGAAGAAGAAUCUCAAACUGUCAAUCGAGAAGUGAACGGCAUAGUACCUGGUCAAGAAGGCGUCAAGCCAGAUGAACCGGACGAAGUUGUUGUACAAUAG